UUCCGGUAAGUGAGAGAAAAACCCUAAUAGGGCUUAGGUGGAGUAUUAAGUUGCAUCCGAGUGUGGAAGGGAAUAGGUGCAGCAUCAGCAUCAGCAAGCGGCAACGACGUUGAAUUUAUGGUAAGCACAAGAAUAAGGACGUGUCUGACACUGCUCAACAAACGUGAAUGGCGGAUUCAGAGCGAUUCCAAAAUCCCUGGAUGGCUUCCGACCAAACUGCAACCCAUGCCACGCAUUUCAGGGAACGCCAAUCUUCCAACUCUGACAAUUUGGGAAUCGGAGAGCGAGCUUUCUCUGCCUCCGGCGCCGCCUUCCUCUCCGCCAUCAUUGUCAAUCCCCUUGAUCUUGCCAAGACAAGGUUGCAAGCACAGGCUGCAGGGGUCGCUUAUUCUCAUCCCCUCAGUAAUAUGACUAGUCGAAUGGCUUGUUUUGGCCCAAAUAUGAUGUUUGCUGAUUUAAGAUGUUCUCCGUCAUGCAACCGGGCUGGAAUCCAAGGCACAGUGUCAAUUUGCCCUCCUGACUGUUUUCGCUACAAAGGAACAUUGGAUGUCCUCUACAAAAUUAUACAACAGGAGGGGUUUGCUAGACUAUGGAGAGGCACAAAUGCAGGCCUGGCUCUUGCAGUGCCAACGGUAGGGAUUUACCUUCCUUGCUAUGACAUACUUCGCAAUUGGCUCGAGGGAUUCACAGAUAAAAAUGCACCAACUGCAACUACUUAUGUACCUCUAGUGGCUGGUUCAUUGGCACGCUCUCUAGCUUGCGCAACUUGCUAUCCUAUUGAACUUGCUCGAACUCGUAUGCAGGCAUUUAAAGUGACUCAAAUUGGUAAAAAGCCUCCUGGAGUGUUCCAGACUCUUCUAGGUGUUGUCUCGCAUGUCAAGAGCACAAACAGUCCACAGAACAGCUUGCAAGGUUAUCGUGUUCUGUGGACUGGCAUGGGAGCUCAACUUGCUCGUGAUGUACCCUUCUCUGCUAUUUGUUGGUCGACACUUGAACCUACUAGAAGAAAACUUCUUAGUUUGGUUGGAGGUGAUGAUGCCAAUGCAUUGAGUGUUCUUGGGGCAAAUUUUGGUGCUGGUUUUUUUGCGGGUACUUUAGCAGCUGGAGCUACAUGUCCGCUAGAUGUUGCAAAAACUCGAAGGCAGAUUGAGACGGAUCCUAUUAGGGCAUUGAAAAUGACCACAAGACAGACAUUGAUGGAGGUGUGGAGAGAUGGAGGCUUGAAAGGAUUGUUUACUGGUUUUGGUCCUCGAGUCGCUCGAGCAGGCCCCUCCGUUGGAAUUGUGAUUUCUUUUUAUGAAGUUGUAAAGUUUGCUCUACAUCAUCGGUACACAUCAUCAUGAUUGGAUCCUUGUUCUGCACACUUUUUUUUUGCUGCUAAAGCGCUUUUUAUUCAGAGCCUCUGGAGAUUGCACGGCAUUUUCUUUUGGAAUGGGAGUCAUUCUAACUCUUCCUGACCAUAAACUAACAACAUACUUGACUAGGAAAAUAACCAGGCAUAGGACUCACUCUUAGGUUUUUGAGCUGUGUUUUUUUUUUUUUGCUGCUUUUGACAAGCAGAAAUUUUGUUACGCUUGGGAAUCUCCCCUGAAGUAAAAUCCGAAUAAAUAAUAUGUGAACAAGCGGAGUUUUUUCCCCCAAAAAUGCUACAGGCGCUCUAAAUGUGACAGCUAUGCUUAGCUAAUUAAACAGAAGGAAUUUUAUUUUUAUUGAUUUUAUAUA